AUGCAACAUCCCCCCUCAAUCCUAGAUGUUGCGACAGACAACGCUUAUAAUGCCCAUCGCCAUCUUUAUUUAUUAAAGCCUUUCUUAAGAGCACUUAUCGUGCGGCGGCGCCGACUGCGCAAUCUCGGUCACAGACAAUCUACCCUCAUCCACAAUCAGCUGCUGCUCAGCCGUGCCAACGCAGGCGCCAUGGUUUUCCCACCCCAGACAACGCCGUCGGUGUUUUACGGCAUCAACAAAAUCAGCGGAGUCAUUUUGCACUCCAACGGCGUGAUUGUUCCUGUGAUUACAUCUCUCUUGUUGCUUGGGGCCAUCCCAGCGUCCCUGAUUCACUAUGCUCAACAGACGGCGUGCGAUUGCCACCGCCAAUACCCACGAGCCAAGCUUUUAUUAUCCUCUAUCCUUGUCGUUAUUGAGCUGAUUGCCCUCGGGCUUCCCGUUAUUCUCGCGGUGCCGUGCGACAAUGAGAUUCCCGCAAGUGCUUUUCUCAGUUUCAUAGCCGCCGGUGUCGUUCUGGCUGUCAUUUUUGCCGAGAAUAGACGCAGCAUCGAUGCGCCAGAAUUCUUCAACAACUACUUGCUUGUGGAAUUUGUGCUUGAUGGUGCCAAGAGCAUCUAUUUUCACGACCAAUGCUCUGCUAAUGGUACACUUGCUGCCGUAGCUGGCGCUACUCGCUUGCUGCUGCUCGCUUUCAACCGAGGGCCGCGCACCCGACCUCCUGGCGGCAGAACUCGCCAUGACCACAGUAUCAAUGGUUUGGACUCUGGCCGCUGGGGCUACUUGAACCUUGCAUUCCUCAACCCCAUGCUUAUUUUCAAGCUUGACUUGCCGACGCUGAUGGGGAAAUCAGGAAAUCUCAACCCUGAGUUGUCUCCAAAAUUUCUGCAUCAGAGGCUGAAGCACAUCUGGCAACAAUCUGAUCAGCAUUGCUCCAAGAGUCUUGCGCGAACUUGCCUCAGAACGUGGAGUGGUUCGCUGACUGCAUCGGUCACCUUUCGAUUCGCCUAUACUCUCUUCGCGCUUGCGCAGCCUUUCGUGCUGUAUGAAAUCCUGGCUGCUCUCAAUCGAAACGAAACGGAUCUCCGGGAAAAUGUGAAACUGUUUUGCGGCCUCGGCUUUGUACUUGGCGGAAAGGCAGCAAUGAGUUCUACAGCCACGCAUGCGUUGAAUGGCUUGGUAUGCCGAGUACGCGGAGGCUUGACGUGCCUUGUCUUGGAGAAGCAUCAAAAUCUGACACGAUUCGAUGCGAAAAGUUCGAGAGCUGAGAUGCUCUUCAUUUUUGAUAUCGAAAACAUUGCAAAAGGCUUAUCGCAGGUCUUGAAACUCGCAUUUGUCUUCAUUGAUGGGUGUCUGGGUAUGUACUGCCUGUCCUACCUAGUCGGUCCAUCCUCCGGAAUUCUGGCCCUCUCUACCUUGGCUGCCACUCGUGCUGCCUUCUUCUUUGGCCGUCAAAUCGUUUCGUCUUUGGCCACCUGGAGACAGGAUCUCGACAGACGCAUUUGGAAGACGUCAAACAUAUUGAAGCAACUAUCAGCUAUCAAGAUGAUUGGACUUGGUCCUUCGAUCUCUGACUUCAUCGAAAAGCUACACGCUGAAGAGUUGGAAAGUUACCAAGCAUUCCGAAAGGUGCAAUCCGCUUUUGAAUUGGUUGUCGCGUUUUCUAGUCUGAUUACGCCACCCGCCGUUGUUGGAAUUGCUUUACUUUGCAACACCUUUACGGCCGCACUCUCUCCAGCCAUGUUCUUUUCAACCUGGAACCUCAUUGCGUUGCAGUGCAACCCCAUGUCUGCCUUUUCGCAGGCAUAUUCGGAAGCGAUUGUAACGUUGGAGUCGUUUGAUCGUAUACAAGCCUUUUUAUCUCUCGACGACAGAACAGACGAUAGGGCAUUGAUAACCACAACUCCCACGGCUUAUCCCGUGCGAGCAACGCCUGCAUUUUCCAGGCGGGGAACAGCUCAAACCCCUGUGGAAGCUCUGCCACACUGUAUUGAGUUUCGAAAUGUGACAGUUACGCCAUAUGGCUCGAAAUCACCUCUAUAUCGCAAUGUCAACUUGAGCAUCCGAAGGGGCCAAAUAGUAGCGCUAGUUGGGCGACGCGGAUCUGGCAAAUCGGCCUUGCUAGAAUCCAUGCUCGGGGAGUCCAAGCUCACCGAGGGCUUUGUUUAUUUUUCUGCAGGUGUCAUGGCGUACAAUAGCCAAUUUGCGUGGCUAAAAAACGCCUCCGUCCGUGACAAUGUCAUCGGGCCCCUCUCUUUUGACAGUCAACGUUUCAAGAAAGUGAUGAAGUGCUGUCUACUCGAUGAAGAUCUCAAGAAACUUCCCGGGUCUGACGGAUACAUCGUUGGCAUCGGUGGCGCCAACUUGAGUGGUGGUCAACGUCAGCGGCUAGCCCUCGCGCGGGCUCUUUAUCCUAAUCCAGCCGUCGUCUUGCUUGACGAUUUGUUUAGCUCUCUGGAUCGCAGAACUGCAGCAUCUAUUUUAUACCGAUUGCUUGGAAAUGAUGGUCUUCUCCGAGUGUCGGGAUGCACUGUCGUUUUUGCCACAUCCCUUGUCGAGAGCUUCGAUGUGGCCGACCAGUUUUUGACUCUCGAUAUCGCAGAGAACAUCGUUAAAUUGGAGCCAAACACUCGCCAAGCGCAUAUCACAAAUUUCUUACUGGCACAGCACGUCAGCGCUCCUGAAGCGUUGGAGGAAAGAGAACAGGAAGCUCUUCGCCGCACAUUCGAUGCGCGUAAUCUCCCGAGUUUCAAUUUCGACCGUGACCUUGUUCCGCACACCUAUCGGGAGCCCAUGGCCUUCUGGUUGCUUUUCAGUUCCAUCGGGAAAAGGAAGCUGCUUUUCUGGUGCAGCCUGAUCCUACUUAUCUGCACGCUAGAAGUGUUUUCCAAAUUAAAAUUGCAAGCUUGGAGCGAUAAAGAACGAAACGCAAGCGGCUUUUUUCUUGGUUAUUCUUGUCCAUUCUUGUUUUCAUGCUUUGUUGGCCUGUUCUUGUUUUGGACAACGCGAAUAAAAAAUACCUCCAAUGCUAGCGUAUAUCUUCACCGGCGGCUUCUCGAGGUGACCAUGGGAUCAACGUCGGGCUUCAUGACUGAUGCUGGUAGCAGUAGUAUCGCCAACAGGUUCAGCCAAUCUGUGAGCCAUUUCACGGGCUCGCUACCAACGUGUCUGUUGAAGAUCCUCUACUAUGGUACCGCUCUAACUUUAAGUUGCACUAUUAUUCUCAAAGGCCCGACGAAUCUGGCCUAUGUGCUACUGGCUCUCAUAGUCUGUGUUAUGCGCGCCUAUGUCAAAACAUCUGGUGAGCUACGGCAUAUGAAAGCCAAGGAAAUGGCGCCGCUUCACACAUUUUUUCAAGAAACUGCGACUGGACUUGUGCAUUCCCGAGCUCUUCGGUGGCAAUCCCAUCACAUGGAGCAUGGCUUCCGUCUCAUAGACAAUCAGCAAAAAGCCUUCGUUUACUCAAUUUAUGUUGAGGAGUGGCUCCAGGCGAUGUCGUCAGUUGUUGCCUGCGUUACUGCCAUGGUCAUUGCUGCCUCCGCUCUUUUCGGAGGAGGUGGAGGUACAACCGCAAUGGUCGGUCUGGCGCUGCACCAGGCGACACUUCUAAGCGACUUAAUUUAUGAAACAGCACAGUCUUGGGCCAUAUUUGACGACACAUGGGCGGUUAUCUCAGACUUUUUUCUAUUUAUGAAGUCUGUACCUCAAGAGCACAAGCCUCCGGAGCUUCAAUUGCCUAAGGAGUGGCCAACUCUGGGCAUAAUUGAGUUCAAGCAAGUAACGGCUCGCUAUGGGCCCGGUGAAUCGGACGUUCUAAGAGAUAUAUCUCUUACUAUUGAGCCCGGCCAGAAGGUUUGCCUCUUUGGUCGGACUGGAAGUGGGAAAACAUCCUUACUUCUUGCACUUCUUGGCUUCCUAGAAUAUGAAGGCACAAUCGAGAUAGAUGGAAUUGAUAUUGCGACCAUACCCCGUCAACUGCUUCGGUCGCGCAUUGUUGCUCUUUCUCAGGAGCCAGUGCAGCUCGAGGGGUCCGUUCGAUUCAACAUCCUCUCGUACGAGAACUUGGCUUCAGCUGAGAUCGACGCCGAAGAAGACCAAAACGGUACGACGACUGAAUUCGAUCAGGAACUCAUUGAUAUACUUUCAGGCAUGGGUGUUUGGGACGAGAUUGAGGCCCAAGGGGGCAUGGAAACUAUCAUGGCAGAUGCUGGGCUUACUAGAGCCGCUCUUCAAAUGAUUUGCUUUGCCCGUUCCGUGGUUCGCUAUCAUCGAUCAAAUGGCGCCAUUGUCUUGAUAGACGAAGCAACAAAUGGCAUAGAUGCAAAGCGCGAUGCAGCAGUUCAAAGUGCAGUAUGGCAGUUUUUCGAGGGAUGCACUAUUUUACAAGUUGCUCACAUCGAAGAGAGUAUUCGUGAUGCGGAGCUCAGCGUCGAACUCACCAAGGGAAGGAUUAGUCACAUGCAAGUCAACCAGACCUUGCCUCCUGGCGUCAUAUCCCGAAGUCGCGAAAUGUUGUCUCCCGAGAGCUUGAUAGGUUCUCCUGGCCCUGCACCACCAUCCCCAAGCGAGCCGGAUUCAUCCUUGGAAGAUGAUGAGUUGUCGCUUAAUCGCGACGUUCCUCCCCCUGCAUCCGAUGUGAUCUCUAUCAGUAGGGUUCUCCAGCAGGCAUCUGCAGGCGUGGCAUCUCUUCGAGAUAGUAUUAUGUCUCCACGGCGUGUUCUAGCGCUCGCGAAUGAUACGAAGCCUCCAAGCACGCUGAGACUUGAUCCAGCCAGGGCGCCGACUCAGGUCGAGAGAUCACUGAGUGGCGAAAGUUCUGUUCAAGGCGACGACGAAUACCCUCAAACACACACCGACGGUUUUCGUAGUACGCAAUUUGGCAACGCUCAACAGCCGAUUCAUAGCCUCCCGCAGCGGCUGAACGACUCUUUCCCGGAUAUCCAGUCGCCGAUGCAUAGCCCCAUACGAGCAUUUCAUCUCCCUUAUACAAAUGUACAACAGAGAGCAACCGGGCCGGUGACAGGCAAUGACCAGCUGUUCUCAAGCAUCGAGCGGCCACUUCGUCACCGGCAAAACCCUUUCCUUCAGCAGGCAACGAACGCCCCACAGCAGAUGUUCCUACACGGCCAGCAAUCUGCCCCAGGAACACAAUUGUACGGCCAGCAAGCAUUUCAUGGACAGCAAUCACCCCACGCCCAGCGAUCGUUCUACGGUCAGCAAGCAGCUCAUGGUCAACAAGUAAUUCAAGAGCAGCGGCCGCCCUUUGGCCGGCAGCCAUUCUACGGCCAGCAAACAGUCCAUGCCCAGCAAGCAGCACACAACCAGCAACCAGUUCACGACCAGCGACCAUUCUACGGCCAGCAGGUAGUCCGUGACCAGCAAGCGGUUUAUGCGCAACAUGGAAGCCAUGAGCAGGUAGUAUACGGUGGGCGUGUUAAUGAGUACGGCUACCCUUCAAAUAUGAUGUAUCAUUCUGAGCCUCAUGAAGGCGACGAGACAUCACAUUCAGGAAGUUAUAGCACCGACUCGGAAUCGACAUACUUGAGGUCCAGCAUUGAAACUGGUUCUUGA